GCUGGACAGGAGACGACAUGAAGCUGAGACACAGCGUCUGCACUCUGCUGCUGUUAUGUUGCAGUGCAUUGUGGGUAGCGUCCUCCUCCGAGGUAAAGGUUUCAUCUCCUCCUCCUGGAUGUGACUCCCUGUUGACCCUCUCCUCAGAGAUCUCCUCCCUGUCUGAAGGAAACGGGAACAUCCACAGCAGAUCCGUGUCUCCGUGGCGAUGGAAAUCGUCCACAGUGAAGAACCGGAUCCCUUCCACCCUCUGGGAGGCCGAGUGCAGCAGCAGCUUCUGCUCCAGUCCCAACCCGGGUCAGACGGACCGACACAACCUGAACUCGGUCCCCAUCUACCAGAGCGUCCUGGUCCUGAACCGGCAGGAGAAGGGACACUGCUACACUGCGAAGUACCACUCUGUGGCUGUCGGCUGCACCUGCGUCUUGGCCCAAACCAAGCAGAGCUGAUCCACCUGAACCUGAACCUGGACCUGAACCUGGACCUGGACCUGGACCGGAACCAACAGCUGGGGAUCAAAACAACAAACAAGAGGGACAAAAUAAAGAAAUCUGGGAUUCUAUAUUUAAUAUUGUUGUAUUGGAUGUCAACCCUGCAUACAGUAAAUUAAAACAUACAAUGUGAAGACUGACAUACUGUAAUUUGAAGAAAUAAUAUAAAUUAUUCAUAAUAAUAAUAAUAAAAAAGCACCUCAAAGUCUAAUCAAAUUAAAACUGACUGUUCACUUUGCUUUUCUAAGAUCAUUACCGCUGGUGGGGCAGAAAACAUUUUAAAAGAGCGGUAACACUUUAUUAAAAUAUUAAAUAUUUUCUUGUAUGAAUCAGAUGCAAAUUAAAUACUUACAGGUUUUCAGCUGGUACAUAAAUGUAGGUACAGAGGAAGAAGACAAGACGACAAACGCCAUUAGUUUUGUAGCUUUUGGUCAUAUACAAAAGGACAAAUUAAAAUUUUGACCAGUUGAUGAUGAUGAUGCUAGAUGAAGAGUCAGGAGAGACUGGGGGAGCAUGAAUUUCUGAACUAAAUUUUAUGUCAAUCCAUCACAUAAAUAUUGAAAUAUUUCAUAGGAUACAUGAAAACUUUGACCUCAGUGGGCGG